AAAAAAAAAAAAAAUCUCACAGACACAGUAAUAGUGGAAAUUAGAAAAGAAAGAGAAAGAGAAAGAAAGAGAGAGAGAGAGAGCAAAAGAGGCGGUCGAGGUCUUAAUCCUCUGGACUCUUCAACUCUUCUUGUUUCUGGUGUCUCCGCGGCACUAAGGUACUCUCUCUCUCUCUCUCUCUCUAGUUCGUUGUAAGUUUCUUCAUAGAGUCUUGAUCUUGCUGAUCACAUUAUGGAAACGGGAGGCAAUUCCCUUCCGUCCGGCCCUGAUGGGGUGAAGAGGAAAGUGUCAUAUUUCUAUGACCCGGAAGUUGGAAAUUAUUAUUACGGACAAGGUCACGCGAUGAAGCCUCAUAGGAUUCGAAUGACACAUGCUCUUUUAGCCCACUAUGGAUUGCUUCAGCACAUGCAGGUCUUGAAGCCCACUCCUGCUAGAGAUAGGGAUCUUUGCAAGUUCCACGCUGAUGAUUAUGUGAAUUUUCUUAGAGCCAUCACCCCGGAGACGCAGCAAGAUCAGCUGAGGCUGCUAAAGAGGUUUAAUGUUGGUGAAGACUGCCCGGUAUUUGAUGGUCUUUACGCAUUCUGUCAGACUUAUGCUGGGGGUUCAGUUGGUGGUGCUCUUAAAUUGAAUCAAGGAGGCUGUGAUAUUGCGAUAAACUGGGCUGGUGGGUUGCAUCAUGCCAAAAAGUGUGAGGCUUCUGGAUUCUGCUAUGUGAAUGAUAUUGUCUUGGGAAUUUUGGAGCUCCUCAAAGUACAUGAGCGUGUUUUGUAUGUGGACAUUGAUAUCCACCAUGGCGAUGGUGUAGAGGAGGCUUUUUACACAACUGAUAGAGUCAUGACUGUUUCAUUUCAUAAAUUUGGAGACUAUUUCCCUGGUACAGGCGAUAUUCGUGAUAUUGGAUAUGGAAAAGGAAAAUAUUAUUCUCUUAAUGUACCCCUAGAUGAUGGUAUUGAUGAUGAGAGCUACCAGUCAUUGUUUAAGCCAAUAAUAGGUAAAGUGAUGGAAGUUUACAGGCCUGGUGCUGUGGUCCUACAGUGUGGUGCAGACUCUUUGUCUGGCGACAGAUUAGGGUGUUUCAAUCUAUCAAUUAAAGGCCAUGCAGAGUGUGUUAGAUUUAUCAGAUCUUUCAAUGUUCCGCUUCUAUUGGUGGGUGGAGGUGGUUAUACAAUACGAAAUGUCGCUCGCUGCUGGUGUUAUGAGACGGGUGUUGCACUUGGGAUUGAAGUUGAUGAUAAGAUGCCACAACAUGAGUAUUACGAGUACUUUGGUCCAGACUAUAAUCUUCAUGUAGCUCCAAGUAACAUGGAAAACAAGAACUCCCGUCCAUUAUUGGAUGAGAUAAGAGAAAGACUCCUUGAUUAUCUUUCUAAGCUGCAACAUGCACCAAGUGCCCAGUUCCAAGAGCGCCCACCUGAUACACAGCUUCUCGAGGAUGAUGAAGAUCAAGAUGAUGGAGAUGAUAGAUGGGAUCGUGAUUCUGACAUGGAUUCUGAUGAUGACCGUAAAGCUCUGCCAGGUCGAGUAAAGAGAGAAUACAUCGAAUCUGAACCUAAAAAUUUGGCACCAACUAUGAUGGCAAUAGAUGAGCCAUCCAUCAAAGUGGAGCAGGAUAACUCGAACAAAUCAUCAGAUCAACACACUGAUAUGAACUCAUGACCAAAGAUCGAUUGAGUGCCUCAAUAGCAUGCAAUAUUUGUACACUUGUAUUUAUUGUGGCUUCAAUCACGGCAUUCUCACAUUGUUCAACAGGAUUGUUUCAAACGCUUUAUUGAAUGGGCGUGAAAAUUAAAAAAAUGUGAUCCUUAUGUGCCCUUUGCUCUUCCCCUCUGUGCAUAUUUCAACGAUACCAUUGGUGUUAUUAGUCGCAUUUUCAAUUAUCAUCCACAAUCAAUUAUUUUAGAGUUCUUUUCACUUGGUUGGUGGAAGAUAUUCUUGUAGUCUGUAAUUGUAAAACUGUUGUAGUACCUUGAGAUACUUUCUGCAUAUUGGCUGGCCAAACGACAUACUUA